AUGGAUGGGCAGGAGCCAAUGAAGGAGAGCCACGUGGAAGUUAAGAUGCCGGAGAAAGGGGCCCACCUGUCGGAGGAGGGGGUGAUCCCCCUCGCGGCCACAGAGGGGCUCAACAUUUUCCACCUGAGCAAGCCGAACCCGUUCCUCAAAGGAUCUGGAGCCCCUCAAGAAAGCAGGACUGACGACGCAGUCAUACACAAGUACGAGUGCUGCGGCGAGAUCGUGCGCAAUGGCCGCGCAUUCCAUCGGACGAUGCGCGGGGUGUUCGACGACGGUACGUGCCCUGGGGCAAAGGCGACUUGUCACAAGCUGUAUAAGUAUAUCAUUGCCAAGAUGUACCUGGGUUUUGCCUGGCUGCCGCACUACCGGCGCGUUCAGGUGAACGUCUGGGUGUUUGACUACCUGAGGAGGGAGGGCUUUUUCACACCCCAGGAAGCGGAGCAGAUUGCAAACAUCCACAAGAACGCCAAGCCCUUUGGCAUGAUCGCGAAGUGGAUUCAGCUCUUGCUUCACCGGGAGCAGCAGCGCGGGGACAUCAGCGAGCUGGCACUCGACCGGCUGAUGACAAACAUUCGCGGGCUCAAUCGACAUUUGGGCAUUCUCAACGAGUACGCCAGCAUGCCGGUUCCCUUCGCGUUCUACCACUUGCUGAACGUGAUGGCCAUCGGAUACCUGCUGCUGCUGGCUUACACUCAGGUGUUCUCGUCCUACUUUUACGGCAUCUUCCCCAUGGCGCUCACCACUCUAGUUACGCUCGGCCUGCGCGAGCUGUGUAACGGCACGACUGCGCACCGACUUCUGGCUGCGCGCCAAACUCGCGGCCGCGCAUCGUCCGUUAUUAUACGCUAUCGACUUAUUUAA